CGUGUCUACCCCGCAGAGCCCACCUCCGGCAUGGCAGCCCUAGCGGCCGGAAUCUCCAAGCAGCGGGCAGCAGCCGAAGGGCUUGGCUCCAACCAGAAAGCCGUGAAGUACUUGGGUCAGGACUUCGAGACCCUGAGACAGCAGUGCUUGGACUCAGGGGUCUUAUUUAAGGACCCAGAGUUCCCAGCGUGUCCGUCAGCCUUGGGCUACAAGGAUCUUGGACCAGGCUCCCCCCAGACUCAAGGCAUUGUCUGGAAGCGGCCCCCGGAACUCUGUCCCAGCCCUCAGUUUAUCAUUGGUGGAGCCACGCGCACAGACAUUUGCCAGGGUGGUCUAGGUGACUGCUGGCUCCUGGCGGCCAUUGCCUCCCUCACCUUGAAUGAAGAGCUGCUUUACCGGGUGGUCCCCAGGGACCAGAACUUCCAGAAGAGCUACGCGGGAAUCUUUCACUUUCAGUUCUGGCAGUAUGGAGAGUGGGUGGAGGUGGUCGUGGACGACAGGCUGCCGACCAAGGACGGGCAGCUCCUUUUCCUGCAUUCUGAAGAGGGCAGUGAAUUCUGGAGCGCCCUGCUGGAGAAAGCCUAUGCCAAGCUCAAUGGUUCUUAUGAGGCUCUCACUGGAGGGUCCACAGUGGAGGGGUUUGAGGAUUUCACGGGUGGCAUCUCUGAGUUUUAUGACCUGAGGAAGCCACCAGCCAACCUGUAUCGGAUCAUCCGGAAGGCCGUCCAGGCGGGGUCGCUGCUGGCUUGCUCUAUUGAUGUCUCCAGUGCAGCCGAAACAGAAGCCAUCACCAGACAGAAGCUGGUUAAGAGUCACGCAUACUCUGUCACUGGAAUCGAGGAGGUGGAUUUCCAUGGCCGUCCGGAGAAGCUGAUCAGACUCAGGAACCCGUGGGGCCAAGUGGAGUGGACGGGAGCCUGGAGUGAUGAUGCACCAGAGUGGAAUUACAUAGAUCCCAGGCAGAAAGAAGAGCUGGACAAGAAAGCCGAGGAUGGGGAGUUUUGGAUGUCUUUUUCGGAUUUCUUGAGGCAAUUCUCUCGGCUGGAGAUCUGCAACCUGUCCCCAGACUCCCUGAGCAGUGAGGAAGUGCACAAAUGGAAUCUGGUCCUGUUCAAUGGCCGCUGGACACGGGGCUCCACGGCUGGCGGCUGCCAGAACUACCCAGCCACUUACUGGACCAAUCCCCAGUUCAAAAUCCAUUUGGCCGAGGUGGACGACCACCAAGAAGAGGGCGUCGGUGACCCCUGCUGUACGGUGCUGCUGGGUCUGAUGCAGAAGAAUCGCAGACGACAGAAGAGGCUCGGACAGGGCUUGCUGAGCAUCGGCUAUGCCAUGUACAAGGUCCCCAAAGAGAUGGAGAAUCACACGGACAUGCACCUGGGCCAGCACUUCUUCCUGGGCCACCAGCCAGCAGCCCGCUCCAGCACCUACGUCAACCUGCGGGAGGUCUCAGCCCGGGCCCGGCUCCCCCCCGGGGAGUACGUGGUGGUGCCGUCCACCUUCGAGCCCUUCCAGGAUGGAGACUUCUGCCUGCGGGUGUUCUCAGAGAAGAAGGCCCAGGCCCAGGAAAUUGGGGCGGUGGUAGCUGGUAAUCCACAUGAGCCACAUCCCAGCGACGGGGAUGAAGAAAUCCGCCAGUUCCAGAGCCUGUUCCAGAAGCUCGCAGGGGAGGAUUCUGAGAUCAGUGCCAAUGAACUCAAGACAGCUCUGAAUGAGGAGUUUUCCAAACGAACAGACAUAAAAUUCGAUGGAUUUCACAUCAACACUUGCAGGGAGAUGGUCAGCCUGAUGGAUAGCGACGGGACAGGCACCUUGGGACUCGUGGAAUUCAAGGCGCUGUACUUGAAGAUUCAGAAGUAUCUGGAGAUCUAUCUGGAAACGGAUUAUAACCACUCGGGGACCAUUGAUGCCCAUGAGAUGAGGACAGCCCUCAAGAAGGCAGGUUUCAUGCUCAGCAACCAGGUACAGCAGACCAUCGCCACGCGGUACGCUUGCAGCAAACUCAGCGUCGACUUUGAUGGCUUUGUUGCUUGUAUGAUCCGCCUGGAGACCCUCUUCAAACUGUUCAAGCUUCUGGACAAGGACCAGCAUGGCAUCGUCCACCUCUCUCUGGCUGAGUGGCUGUGCUGUGUGUUGGUCUGACGCAGGAGUUCGGACAUCGGUGAUGCUCCCCGACAGCCUGCCUGCCUGCCUCUCUUUUCUCCCUUUCUUUACUAUUUUGUAAACAUUUAUCCUCAAAUGGCAUUUAUUGGUCCUUCAUUUCCCCUUGCCUGUCAUCGUUCCCUGUGAUCCUGGCCUGUCCCCCUGGAGCAGUUGGGGAGCCCAGGGUCUCCUUCUGCAGCAUUG